AUGUCGCAAGACCAGACCGCAGCGUCCACCAUCUCGGUUCAAGUGCCAACCACCCCCACUCCGAGCCCUGCCAACAACCGGUAUUGCGAUCCUGAAAUCAUCUCUGGCUUGCCUGGUGAAAAAACAUCCACGGACUGGACGCCCAACGUCAAGGAGCCCGGGUACUCGACGGUUUCAUCCAGCCCUCGAGUGAGCACUCCGACCCAGCCUCCAGCUGCCAGUACAGGAACUCCGGGCGGCGACAGAACGCAUUCUGCAGAACCUGCUACGGAGGAAGGAUCCGCCAACACACACUCGACCAUCGCACAAGGUGAAGAAACAUCCACGGACUCGAAGCCCCACGGCAAGGAGCCCGGGUACUCCACGAUUUCACCGAGCUCUCCGAUGAGACCUCCGACCGUCUCUCCGUCCGCCAGUACAGGGACACCUGGCGGCGACAGAACCUAUCCUACAGAACCUACUACCGAGGAUGGAUCUGCCACCACACACCCGCCCAUUGUAAAAGGUAACAAGGAGAUCAUUUGCACUGUGGGUGGCGUCGUGGCUGAAAUCAAGGGGUUCCCUCCCGACAGUUUGUGUGACUACAUCUUCUACACGCACGUGUAUCUGCACCCCAACUCCAGCGAAGUCCUGUCCAGUAACUACGCCUCCACCUAUAGGAUGUUCCUGGACAAUAUGUUGUCGUACGCGAAUACAGAAGGAGGGAUCUCCUUCAGCGUACGAGCUACAGACAGCACAUUCGUGAACAAGGCGAAGGGCAACCUGCAGGAUCUCAAAAAUAACAAGAUCUGGCACUACGGCUCGCUGGAUGUUAUUGACAUAUUGGACAAUCUUAAGCCCCUCGUUAGGGUCGCCUUGAAGUUGUUAACGAUGUCGAGCGUCAAGGUUCUAUUAGAAAACGACACGGAUUCUGCAUUAAUCUCCGAGGACAUGAUGGCGGGACUCUCCCUCGAGAUGGGCGCCAUGAUGUACUCGUUAGGCAGAUACUAUCCUGGCACCUACGAGGACGUUCUCUACGAGACUUGCGUGAACUCCACGCCAACUUAUCUGCACAAGGGUUGCAAAAUCGGCAGGUAUAAGCUGAAUCAGUUUUACGACGUCAACAUUGUGUUUGACAACGAUUCGAGGUGGACGGUCCUCCUCUAUGACGACGCCCAAACGGUGACGUACAAGGUGCAAAAACUUAAGCGAGAAAAUCUGCGCAAGCGCUUCUCGUGGCUCUACUACGACGUGCACCUGGGUGACUUCGAGGCGGAAUGCUAUUCCACCAACCCUUUCCACAGCAUUGAAGCGUUGCGCGACGAAUUCUUCGCGUCGAAUCCUUAGUCCGGCCAUACAAGCGCCAAUGGACGUAAUUCGUUACUCUUAUCAUUCAUGCGCGGAAAAUAUCAACGGACUGAAUUCUUAUGCGUACUUUUGAGUAAAAUAUGUG